ACAUCCGCCAUUUCGGUGGAGACUGGAAAGCCAUUGUUAGCUAAAAAAUACCGCAGUGGUGAAAGUAUCGAAUACAAAUUCGCCAAUUUUAGUACCAAUCUCGAUUUAAGGUUGAAGACUUUAAGAUAUAUAUGCUUAGAGCAAGUAACGUCGAGAAAAACAUAAUUUAAGGCGUUUUCUUUGCGCGCCAGAUUCCGUGAAUUUGUCCGCUUUCUCCUGUAGCGUUAGCUUAGCAGCAGGAAGACCGCAGGCUGUUUACCGAAGAUUUCAGCGUUUCUUGCAAUAAUAUCCGAACCUAGUUUUAAAUUUAUUAAAUACAUUUGAGACCUUUAUAUUUGACAUCUUCUCUUAAAUCGUCAUACUGUCCGCCGUUGCACAGGAUUCAGUGAAGAGUGAAGGAGAGAUGGCGAGCUCGGUGGGGAACGUGGCUGAUAGCACAGGGUUGGCAGAGCUGGCGCACCGUGAAUAUCAGUCAGGAGACUUUGAGGCAGCUGAACGCCACUGUAUGCAGCUGUGGAGGCAGGAGCCGGAUAAUACUGGCGUACUGCUGCUGCUCUCCUCUAUCCACUUCCAGUGCCGCAGGCUUGACAGGUCUGCCCACUUUAGCACUCUGGCCAUCAAGCAGAACCCCAUGCUGGCUGAGGCCUAUUCUAACCUGGGCAACGUUUACAAGGAACGGGGUCAACUUCAGGAGGCCAUCGAGCACUACCGCCACGCGCUCCGUCUCAAACCGGACUUCAUCGAUGGAUACAUCAACCUGGCAGCAGCGUUGGUGGCAGCAGGGGACAUGGAGGGAGCAGUUCAAGCAUAUGUGUCCGCUCUCCAGUACAAUCCUGAUCUGUAUUGUGUCCGCAGUGACUUGGGUAACCUGCUUAAAGCGCUUGGGCGCCUUGAAGAGGCAAAGGCUUGUUACCUGAAGGCAAUUGAAACCCAGCCAAACUUUGCCGUGGCCUGGAGUAACCUGGGCUGCGUGUUCAAUGCUCAGGGGGAGAUCUGGCUGGCCAUACAUCAUUUUGAGAAGGCAGUGACCCUGGAUCCUAACUUUUUGGAUGCUUACAUCAACUUGGGCAAUGUUCUGAAAGAGGCUCGUAUCUUUGACAGAGCUGUUGCUGGUUAUCUGCGUGCCCUCAGCCUGAGCCCUAACCAUGCUGUUGUCCAUGGAAACCUGGCAUGUGUGUACUAUGAGCAGGGAUUGAUUGACCUGGCCAUUGAUACUUACCGUCGUGCCAUUGAGCUCCAGCCACACUUUCCUGAUGCAUACUGCAAUCUCGCUAAUGCACUGAAGGAGAAAGGCAGUGUUUCUGAAGCUGAAGAGUGUUACAACACUGCGCUGCGUCUGUGCCCGACUCACGCCGACUCCCUUAACAAUCUGGCCAACAUCAAGCGUGAGCAGGGCAACAUUGAGGAAGCUGUGCAGCUCUACAGAAAAGCACUGGAGGUGUUCCCUGAAUUUGCCGCUGCCCAUUCAAACCUGGCCAGUGUCCUGCAGCAGCAGGGGAAACUUCAAGAAGCCCUCAUGCACUAUAAGGAGGCAAUCAGAAUCAGCCCCACAUUUGCUGAUGCUUACUCUAACAUGGGCAACACUCUGAAAGAGAUGCAGGAUGUUCAGGGGGCUCUGCAGUGCUACACUCGAGCCAUUCAGAUCAACCCCGCUUUUGCAGAUGCUCACAGUAACUUGGCUUCAAUACACAAGGAUUCUGGGAACAUUCCUGAAGCGAUUGCAUCGUACCGCACUGCCCUGAAGCUCAAGCCAGACUUCCCUGAUGCUUAUUGCAACCUGGCUCACUGUCUGCAGAUUGUAUGUGACUGGACCGACUAUGAUGAGCGCAUGAAGAAGCUGGUGAGCAUUGUGGCUGAUCAACUGGAGAGGAACCGCCUGCCAUCUGUGCAUCCCCAUCACAGCAUGCUCUACCCCCUCUCUCACGGUUUCCGCAAGGCAAUUGCAGAGAGGCAUGGCAACUUGUGUCUUGAUAAGAUCAAUGCUCUUCAUAAACCUGCCUAUGAGCAUCCAAAGGACUUGAAGGCCAGUGGAGGCCGUUUGCGUGUGGGUUACGUUAGCUCUGAUUUUGGCAACCAUCCCACUUCCCACCUGAUGCAGUCCAUCCCUGGCAUGCACAACUCUGAGAAGUUCGAGGUGUUUUGCUAUGCUCUCAGCCCCGAUGACAGCACCAACUUCAGAGUUAAAGUCAUGGCAGAGGCUCAUCACUUCACUGACCUCUCACAGAGCCCCUGUAACGGAAAGGCAGCAGACAGGAUCCUUCAAGAUGGAGUCCACAUCCUGGUCAACAUGAAUGGUUAUACUAAAGGAGCACGCAAUGAGCUUUUCGCAUUGCGCCCUGCACCCAUUCAGGCCAUGUGGCUUGGAUACCCAGGCACCAGUGGAGCUCCGUUCAUGGACUACAUUAUCACUGAUAAGGAGACGUCUCCUUUUGAGGUUGCAGAGCAGUACUCUGAGAAAAUAGCCUACAUGCCGAACACUUUCUUCAUUGGAGAUCAUGCCAAUAUGUUCCCUCACCUCAAGAAAAAAGCGGUGAUAGACUUCAAGUCAAAUGGCCAUAUUUUUGACAAUCGCAUUGUACUGAAUGGCAUUGAUCUGAAAGCCUUCUUGGAAAGCCUGCCAGACAUCAAAAUUGUGAAGAUGGAAUGUGAUGGUCAAGAGUCCACUGACAGUAACGGUGCCCUCUCCAUGCCCGUCAUCCCUAUGAACACAGCCGCUGAGGCCAUCAUUAACAUGAUCAACCAGGGCCAGAUCCAGGUCACCAUCAACGGCUUUACGGUCAGCAACGGCCUGGCCACCACUCAGAUUUUUACAGUGGAGGAGGUUAUAGUAUCUGGGACUGUAGCCUUGCAGAUUAACAACAAAGCAGCAACAGGAGAAGAAGUUCCCAGAACAAUCGUGGUGACCACCCGCUCGCAAUAUGGCCUCCCUGAAGACUCUAUUGUCUAUUGCAACUUCAACCAGCUCUAUAAGAUUGACCCUCCCACCCUGCAGAUGUGGGCCAAUAUCCUGAAGCGUGUGCACAACAGUGUGAUUUGGCUGCUGCGCUUCCCGGCCGUGGGUGAGCCCAAUAUCCAACAGUACGCUCAGAACCUGGGCCUGCCUGCCUCUCGCAUCAUCUUCUCCCCCGUGGCUCCCAAAGAGGAGCAUGUGCGACGUGGACAGCUGGCUGAUGUGUGCCUGGACACGCCGCUCUGUAACGGACACACCACAGGCAUGGAUGUGCUGUGGGCUGGUACCCCCAUGGUUACUAUGCCAGGAGAGACACUGGCUUCACGUGUUGCUGCCUCUCAGCUCACCUGUCUUGGCUGCCCCGAGCUCAUCGCCCAAAGCCGUCAGGAGUAUGAAGACGUUGCUGUGAAGCUUGGCACUGAUAUGGAAUUCCUGAAGAAGGUCCGCUCCCGCGUGUGGAAGCAGCGCAUCUGCAGCCCGCUCUUCAACACCAAACUCUACACCAUGGACCUGGAGAGACUCUACCUGCAGAUGUGGGAGCGUUACGCCGCUGGAGGCAAACCUGACCACCUGGUCGAAAUGCAGUCUCUGGAGAGCAGCGAGAGCACCUAAGCUAAGCUUGUCCCUGCAUGUCCCCCGCCCCCCAGUAUGUGACGGUCACAGAGACUCUGGAGCCUACAGGUGAGCACCGUGACUACGAUCCCAGCCAGCUUUUGUUUCCAUGAGCCAGAGUGGACAGCAGGAUGCACAAAGCUGCUCCACUGAGACUCCUCCCCCUUUCCCAUCGUCUGACUAAAUUGAUGUUGGUUGGCUCCACUUUCGUUUUGUUUGUUUCUCUGCUUCUAAAGGACUUUUCUGUAACUGAGGUGGACUUUAUGAAAAAAAAAGUGGGGUCUGAAAUGAGAAGGGGCAGUCUUACAAUAAUUCAGAAAAUAUAUAAACGUAAUCAUCACAGAUAGGGGCUUUUUUUAGUUAGGUUAUGUGCUUCUUGACCUAUUUUAGCUUUCUGUCAUCAUGACUUCAAUCCGAGUGGCGGAUGCAUUCCCCGGAUCACCGAUAGAGAAAAUGUCCUCUUUUUCAAAACAUGCAAUGUGAGCACGCUAAACAGAGGAGUGUCUUAUUACACACUGACAGAAGGCCUGCAAACUGCUCAAGUACCGACUCCUGAUUUUUCAUUCUUUUUUAUGGUUUUAGCAGGAAAGUUCUAGGUAAGUAUGUUCUAAGCUGUUUUGGUUUUGUACACUGUCUUCCUAUUAACUCGUUUUAUUUAUGCACUGUCAGUGUCAAUUGUGCAAGGCUCUUUACAUAAACUGAAAUAAAGAGAUGUGGCAAACCUUGAAGAGAGUUGCACAUACUUGGCAGCGGUUUUUGUUUUUCAUUUUCAUUUGUUCUUCCAUUCCUUUUAGGAGCUAACACAUACUGGUUAUUGUGAUCUAUACUACUGUUACGUUGUGCAGGGUGUCUUGUUACUGACUAAACUGUGAUGUGCACCCACUGUAAAUUUAAUCGCUGUAUUCAGUUCAAUAAAGAAAUGCUAAAUAAUC